UUUCGAUCAGGAAGAGGAAGUGGCUUUUGUACUCUAUGUAUUUGAUGGCUUUUAAGCAUAUAUUAUAAUCGCGGGCUUUUCACCUGUCAACAUCUUUAGAGACAGCAUAUAAACCUGCCUGUUUACUCUUGGGCUGUGCAGCGGACAUUGCAUGACUUCGGUUGAUGAGUCCUCGGCAGCGGCGCUACAAACACACUGACGUCAGUGAAGCAGCUCCGACCCGCAGCAGGAACCAGCAGCCGAACCCCUGAUGCUCCUGAAGAAGAGAGGACAUACGUGGUUGAUAGUUUCCAGUAUGGUGUCUUUAGUCCUGCUCAUGAUGCUGCUGUACGGCACCAUUGGCACCCAGCAGCCGGGCAGCUCCAUCCUCAGACAUGACUACCAGCUGCUGGGCAGACCUCUGUAUAAGCUGGACCUGAGCUGGCCCAAGAACCCGGAGCUGUUCAGCGGGCUGGUGUACGGAGUGGCUGUCAACCAGUAUGCUGGUGUGGUCUAUGUGGCACAGAGAGGUGACAAUGUGCCCAAGGUGCUGGUGUUUACCACAGAUGGAGAUUUCCUUAUGCCCUGGAACACAACCACCCUGGAGAUGCCUCAUGGAAUAUUUUUAGCAGACGCAGCCUCAUUAAACCCCACUGUGUGGAUCACAGAUGUGGGGAACGGCCCAUAUGGCCACUGCAUCAAACAGUACUCACCGUCAGGGAAACUUCUGCAGGUGCUUGGUACACCUGGGAAAGCAGGCUCUGAACUGGACCCACUGCAGUUCGACCAGCCAGCGGAAAUCUUUGUUCAUGACUCUGGGGAAAUGUACAUCGUGGACGGUGAUGGUGGGAUGAACAACCGACUGAUCAAGCUGUCCAAAGACCAAGAGGUGUUGUGGGUGCACGGAGAGAAAGGUCAAGGCAUGGCUCAGUUCUACAUCCCCCACAGUGUGACUGUGGACAGUGCUCAGAGAGUGUGGGUGGCCGACAGGGGCAACAAGAGGAUUCAGGUGUUUAACUCUGUCACUGGAGACUGGCUGGGGACGUGGGGGAGCUGCUUCACUGAGGAUGCGCCCUACUCUGUCCGCCUGACCCCAGACAAAAAAUACUUUGUUGUUGUCCAGCUCAACACCAAUCAGAUUUCGCUGCUGGAUGCCCCGCCAGUGGGUAUGAUCGGCCAGUGCAGGGUGGUCAGUGUGAUUCAGCUGGCUGAUGAGGUGAAGCCCCACCUGGUGGACCUGGACCUGAAGACCGGGGCUCUGUAUGUGGCGGAAAUUGGAGCUCAACAGGCUCAGAAGUUCACCCCCUUUAGUCUGGGUGGAAGUUUUCUGUAGAGCCAAAUUGAAAAAGCAAAAACUAUGUCCGUCAUAAGAAUUACCGCUUACUUAAAAUGUACCAAAAUGUUCAGAUGGAUAUAUAAUCUGCAAUACUGCAAUGCAGAAAGGAAAAAAAACAACACAGUAUGGUGAAACCCUCAUAAUAACAUAUCUAAUGUAGCCUCUGACAACCAUCUCUGAAAGGAUUUUGUCCCUACAGUUACAAAUUAGUUGUAGAUAAAUCUAAUCUAUUUGAGACUGUUUCUUUUAACUAAGCAUGUGCUGCUUUGAACUUUAUUAGUAUUUAGCAGAAUUCAACUUCAAAUACAUCAGUAAAAUAUUUUGGGAUCACUGCACAGGACAUCUGUAAAUUACUCUUGUAAAUCAAUUUUUUAAUUUCUGUAACUAGUUUUAGUGACUUUAAAAAAAAAAAAUCUUUUAUUUUUGUUGCAUUGUGCAGUUAUGUGCCAAUAUUUAUUUUCCCAACAUUUCAGUACUUGAACAGAUCGGAGCCGCUCUGAAGCAGAAGUGUUUCCUUCCUUCACUUUUUUGCUGGUUCAGCUUUUGGCGUGUGGACAGUUGUGUGAUUACACAUGUGUAAAAGGGUACAACUAAAUUGUUCUUCACACUGUAUGCUCUAUGAAUGUGAAUUAUGUUUUCUGAAAAAAUAAUUUUGACACAGCAGAUGAAUAUAUUUACUCUCAGUAAUAAUAUUACUGUCUUGCACUAUGUUGCUUGUGUUUUGAGAUAAAUGCUGCUCUGAGAAAUGUAUUUCAAUGGAACCUAAUCAAUAUAGAACAGAGUCCUGGUGUUUCUGAAUGGUUCUCCAAACAUAACCAAGAAAAAUCACUUUUAAUACAAGCAUAUAGCUUUGUCUCAGUCACUUUUAUCACACAUCUAGCUCAUUGCAUUGUCCUACUAUCUAUAGGAAGAAUGGUGUUUUCUACAAAUAUUCAUGUAGUCAUGCUUUAACUUUCUGCACAGAGCGCAGUUUAUGACGUUGAGGACAAGUUUAUUCUCAAUAGAGCACAAAGCAAAAGAAUCUAUUUUAAUCUUAUCAGUUUCCACAAUAUUAAUGAGAAUAGAUUCACCACUAAAGUCUUGGUCACAUAAGUACAUUAGAGUACCAUUAGAUAUAUGUCAAAGCAUAAAGAUCCACUAGAUCUCAACAGAUCUUUGUAUUUGAUCAUGUUUUUUUUUACAAUGCUGAUAUUAUCCUAAUGAUGUAUUGCAGAUACAAUUCCCAAAGAAAUUCCCAAACUACGCGAAAAAUCUUCUCCAAACCAAGAUUUAUGCUUACAAACAAGAAAUAUGAAACAUUUUUCAUAGUUGCAUUUUGAGAACCAUUUUCAAACUUUAGAACUCUGUUUUACUUGAAUUAGGCUUUCUAACAACAUUUUUGGUUUUGUGUUGCAGCAUGUCAUACCUGCUUGAUCAGUUAUGGAAGUUCAGUUAAAAAUGCUUUCCUUUCAUUUUUGUGACCAAAUAUUUCAUAAUAAAAGUAUUCCCUGUUUU